AUGUCGGCAGUCCCUCGAAUGAGAUGCAGCGUUAGACAUGCAUUGAAACGGACGCCUGGCCUUCUCCGGCCGUUUCAGAGCCAGGCAUGCCUGCGUCAUGAGAACCCGCUGGGCCUUCCCAAGUCCGGCACACCCCCACGGCUGGACCGACGGCUGCCACCGAAGCCGCUGCCGAUCCGAGACGUAGCCAAGGUCGUGGCCGUGUCGUCGGCCAAGGGUGGUGUCGGCAAGAGCACAAUUGCAGCCAAUCUGGCGCUGGCCUUUGCCCGACAGGGCUACCGGACCGGAAUCCUCGACACGGACAUCUUUGGUCCCUCCAUCCCGACGCUGUUCAACCUUUCGGGAGAGCCUCGACUGUCAGAGAACAAUCAGCUUGUCCCCCUGACCAACUACGGCGUCAAGACUAUGUCGAUGGGCUAUCUCGUGCCGGCCGGCCAGGCCGUCGCCUGGCGCGGGCUCAUGCUCGGCCGCGCCCUCAACCAGCUGCUGCGUGAGGUCGCCUGGGACGGCCUGGACGUGUUGGUGCUGGACCUGCCGCCCGGCACUGGCGACACGCAGCUCAGCAUCGCCCAGCAGGUCGUCGUGGAUGGCGCCGUCGUCGUGACCACACCGCACACGCUGGCCGUCCAAGACGCCGUUCGCGGUAUCCAGCUCUUCCGCAAGGCCAACGUGCCGCUUCUCGGCAUCGUCCGCAACAUGGACGUCUUCUGCUGUCCGCACUGCCAUGGCGAAACCCGCGUGUUUGGCGACAGCGACGCCGUCACGGCCGCCAGCACAGACCUCAACGUUCCCCUACUCGCCAGCAUCCCGCUGCACCCCAGCAUCGGCGACGACGCCCAUCGCGGCCGGCCUACCGUCGUCGCCGAGCCCGACAGCCAGCGUGCUGCCGUCUUCCUCCAGUUGGCCCGCGACGUCGUCGCCAAGAUCGGUCUCGACGCUCGCACCGUCUCUACGAGUAGUGGCCGAGAGCCGGAGCGGACACAUUAG